AUGGCCAGUAAUAAGGAUAGCGUUAAUCUCUCGCGCACGUUCAAGUAUUUACUAGCUACGCAGUUUCUUUCCAGAGGCAUCCCGUUCAUAUUCAAUUCCUGGAUCGUGAGGCAUCUCACCGAACAAGACUAUGCGCUCUACGCGGUCCAGUUCCAUCUUUUUGUUACCUGCGUCUUGUUUCUCAGCCGGGAGGGAUUCCGGCGUGCUUGCUUGCGGGCUGACAUUAACAGUGAUGGUCUUGUAUCAAAGAACGAUGAGUCUAAGUUACUGAAAGUGGCAUGGGUGACAUUUCCACUCGGAAUAGCCAUUACUAUUGCAGCAUGCAUCUUUGUGUUAUGGUGGCAGAACCUUAGUUACUCCGACACAUAUGCACAGGCUAUCUUGAUUCACGGAUUUGCAUGUGUACUGGAGCUAAUGGCUGAGCCUUUGUAUAUCCUCUCACAGACAUUGAUGUAUCUGAAAUUGCGACUGGUUGUUGAGACCGUUGCUACAUUUUCACGCUGUGUAACUUUGUGCUUUCUCAUAGUCAAGCAAACCAACAUGGAAAAAGGGAUAAUCUUUGCACUGUCACAAGUUGCAUAUGGAGGUUGCUUAUUUCUUGGGUACUGGGCUUUUUUUCUCAUUCAUGGUGUUUUCAAAAUUUCAGAUCUCUUUCCUUUCAGACCUGGGAAGCUCUUCGAUUUCGAUAAGCAGCUCUCGAACAUGUGUAUGAUAUUUACUUUUCAGUCCUUCCGAAAGUUGAUCCUUCAAGAAGGCGAAAAAUUGGUCCUUGUAUGGUUAGAUACACCUUACAACCAGGCUGUAUAUGGGAUCGUCGACAAACUAGGCAAGCCUCUUUGGAAGUUUAGUAGUACGCAUGGUGUUUCUCCCUUUCGAAGAAAGUUCAUACACUACAUUUGCCAGGUUCGCAUCAGGUUUAUUUCUCUCCUGAGUUCAAUGUGGUACAGUGAUGAUAACCAGCAAAAGAGAAAGAAACUCGGAAUUUGCCUGACCGAGGCCUUGAAGCUUGUAAUAUUAAUAGGUCUGAUAUUUAUGGCAUUUGGCCCGAGUUAUUCAUACUCUCUCAUCAGAUUGUUGUAUGGUGAAAAAUGGAGCGAUGGAGAAGCUUCCUUUGCACUACAGUUUUAUUGUAUCUACAUCAUCGUCCUGGCCAUGAAUGGUACCUCGGAAGCAUUUUUACAUGCAGUUGGAACAGAGAAUGAACUGAAGCGCUCAAACGACAUGCUGCUUGUAUUUUCACUGAUUUACAUCACAUUGAAUAUUCUGCUAAUAAAAUCUGCUGGAGCAAUAGGUUUAAUCUUGGCGAAUUCCUUGAAUAUGAUUUUUAGGAUCAUCUAUUCAGGACAAUUCAUCCAACGUUACUUCCAGGAAGGCGAUUCUUCUUCAUUUUCGUUCCGAAAGUGUUUUCCUUCAGGUUGGAGAAUUCUUAUACUCUCGUGCAUAAUCACUCUCAUCUCAGAGAAAACCCUUCUCAACCAUAAGAAUUUCUGGGCAACAUUUCCUCUCCAUUUCGCCAUCGGUUUCCUCUGCUUUUGUCUCUCAGCCAUCUUCAUAUACCGGCGUGAGAGUCUGUUCAUCAAGAGAAUCAUACGCUUCAGGAAUCACGAUCAUGACGACUGA